AUGGCCGAGACCCUCCGCGCCCAGCACCCCCCGGCGAUGAAGGUCGGCGGACGUCGCCUUUCUGUGACCUCGCGCCCCAAACCCGCUCCUCCCGUUGAAGCGCAGAGGACGGAGCCAGCCCCCGCGGACACACCCCCGGACUACCCGCGCCCCGCGCCCCCGAGCGACGUCGCGGACGAGCAGCAGCACCACCAGCAGCACCACCAGGACGACCACGAGGAAGUCCCGAAGCGCAAGCAUGGCACUGGUGGCGACGAGCAUGAGCGCCGCCUUCAAGAAAACCUCUACUGCCGCGCGGAGCAGAACCGUCCUAGGCACGAGUUCCAGUCUGGCCAAAGAGGCGCGACUGGCGGAGCACGGAUUGGCCAGCCUGCGGGCAAGACCCUCGGCGCGUGA